CAGUUACGCCGCCGUCGUCGUCGUCGCCGUUGUUGUUGUCGUCGUCGUGAUCAUCAUGAGGAGGUCCUCCUACGUCAACUACUACGUCCUGUGCCUCGUGUGCUGGAUCCUACUAGGCAUUACCGGGGUAAGUACGAGAUCUCAUUCGCUGGUGAAGAGAUUUGACGGGAUUUACACGGGGCCUUACUUCGACUCGAACACUCCAACGAAUAUCACGGCGCAGUUGGGCACUCAUGCUUACCUACCGUGCAAAGUGCGGCAGCUUGGUAACAAAUCAGUCUCCUGGAUCAGAAGAAGAGACUCGCAUAUUCUCUCGGUGGAUAGAACCAUGUUCAUUCCGGACGAAAGGUUCCAAGCGAUUUUCGGGGAGGCGGACACGUGGACGCUGCAGGUGAAAUACGUCCAAGCGCGCGACGAAGGCGAGUACGAGUGCCAAAUCUCGACCGACCCGAAGAAGAGUCACAUCAUCAAGCUCAACAUCGUCGUGCCAAAGAUCGAGAUCUUGGGGGACCGUGACAUGUACGUGAAAACCGGAAGUACAGUCGCAAUACGAUGCGUAAUAAAGCAGUCUCUCGAGGGUCCGUUCUACGUUUUCUGGUACCACGAGGGCGAUCGCGUUCUAAAUUAUCAGCUGGGCAAGAUCGACAUUCAGACGAAGAGGAUCGAGCAGGAUACGGUGAGCAGCCUAGUGAUUCACAAUGCGAGACGGGAGGACUCGGGUAACUAUACUUGCAGCCCGAGUAACUUGGAUAGCGCGAGUGUGCAGCUGCAUGUGCUAAACGGGGAACACCCCGCGGCUAUACAGAGAGGCAUCAGUUCAGCGCCUGGUGGCUGUCCCACUCUAUGGUGGCUGGCAGGAGUGGUGACACUGUAUUCGAGUCACGGCAGUCGUCUAUUCGUCCUCGUUCUUUUGAUCCUUAUGGUUCUUUACUCGAAAAAUCCAUCUUACAUUGCGACGGAACGAUAAUCAGGCAAGACUGCAAGGAUGGUAUACGCGUAUAAUCGAUUAUCUCCUGCUACGAGACCCCGACUACCUCGAGAAAAGAGAUCCUCGAUGUUGCGGACCGAUUUUCAGAGAUCAAGGAUAAAAAGGGCGAGGAUGAAAGAAAGAUUAGAAAGAUAGAGAGUAAUAUACGAGAUAAAGAGAAAGAGAAAGAUCGGAGGAAAGAAUAAUGUUCCCGGAGGUAGUAUGUUUUUUCUCCGUACGCGUGAAGUAAGAGUUAGAGGUUCAUCUCGAUUAUCGAGACAGUGAUCCGGCCGUUAGAAAUUAGGAAUUAGUUUAUUAUAUGAAUUCUUGUUAAAUUGCUGCGAGAAGCUGUACGUGCUGGAGAAGCUACGAAAUUUUUGACGUUGUCGGAAAUAUAAAUUAGAUCGAGCUUGAAC